CCGCGACUGGAGGCCGCCCGCGCCGCUCCCGGCUCCCGGCCGGCCCGGUGGACGCCUGCGGGCGGCGGGCAGGCAGCGCGCCGGGCAGCCCUGGGCCGGCGGCCAUGGCGGCGGCGCUAGGGGCGCGGGGGGCGCUGCGGCUCCUGUUGGCGACGUUGCGGGGCCGGGGCCCGAGCCUCUCGGCCACGGCAGCAGAUGCUCGCCAUUUGACAGCAGAGGAGAGGAACCAAGUUAUCCUUGACCUGAAAGCAGCAGGAUGGUCGGAAUUACAUGAGAGAGACGCCAUCUACAAAGAAUUUUCCUUCAAAAAUUUUAAUGAGCUUCAUCUUAUGCAGGCAUUUGGCUUUAUGUCCCGAGUCGCCCUGCAAGCAGAGAAGAUGAAUCAUCACCCGGAAUGGUUCAAUGUGUACAACAAGGUGCAGAUAACCCUAACGUCACACGACUGUGGUGGACUGACCAAGAGAGAUGUGAAACUGGCCAAGUUUAUUGAAAAAGCAGCUGCUUCUGUGUGAUUGCUUCCAAAAUGCAUGUCAAACCUGAUGCACAUCUUGCCAUCAUGAGGAGAGAUUCUCAGUGUCAGGCAUUUGUGAAGAGAGUCAUAAUGAGUCGUCUUUUUAAGAUGAUUAUGAUUAGCAUCAUCUCACUGAAUGCCUUUUUUGUGGUCUUGUGGACUGAUUAUAAUACAAAAUACAACUUGUUCAGACUUUUUGAGGUAAGCAGAUAAAAUGGGUAAAGUUUCUUCUGUUUCAUCCUUUUUAUUUGUGAAAAUGUUAUAAGAUUUUUAAGGCAUUUUGUUCAAGAAAAUUUCCCAUAGAAAAGCUCUAAGGACUUAAUAGACCCUAAAAUCUGGAAAGAUGGGAGCAAUAGUAGCAGUGGUGACAUGGGUUUUUAAUCUCUCCGAAUUUCCUCCUGAAAAAAAAAAAAAAGAAAAACAACUUGGAGCACGCCUGGGUGGCUCAGUCCAAUUAAGUGUCCAACUCUCAGUUUCGGCUCAGGUCAUGACCUCAGGGUUGUGAGGUCGAGCCCCGUG